GCGACUCGAUAUUCGCCACCCCAAGCCUGGUCCGGCGAAUAUGGAGGACCUAUAAACGCCUUUUAAGAUACCGCCUUCAUUAGUGCGAAGGACAGCGUUGAACAUGCCGCCGCCCGUGACUAGGUCUUCGCCAUCUGGCCCAUCGCGAGGCGGCUCACGACGACGAGGAACCACACGUAGUGGCUCUGCCGCGCCAGGAUCUCCGCAUUUAUCGGUGCCAGGAUCUUCACGUUCAACGCCUGCCUCUAACACUUCAACAACGACGCGCUCUGGCCAAAUAGUUGUGCCGUCACUCAAAGCCCGUGAAUCACAAAACGCGCGUUUUGCUGACGCCACAGAAUCGCCAAUGGUGAUCCCACCUAAUGAGAUCCUCGUAUACGCCGCUACUACUACUGGCGAAGACAUCCCUCGCACGUACGCCGAAGCCAUGAGCGACACAAACGCUCUACUAUGGCGCCCGCCCAUCGCCCACGAGAUCCGCGCUCACGAGACGAACAGAACGUACGAUAUCGUAAACAUAGAAGAUCUGCCUCUGAGCAUAAGGCUUGUUGGCACAUGAUGGGUUUUUGACGCAAAGAAGAAUGAACAAGGUAAUAUUAUUAAACGUAAGGCACGCCUCGUCGCCUAAGGCUUUUUACAGCGACCUGGCGUCGACUAUAACGAUACCUACUCCCCAGUUAUGCGCUACGACAGCCUGCGACUCAUUGUUUGGCUAUCACUCUACAUGAACUAGAUACUUCGGUAAAUGGACUUUGACGCAGCGUACCUAAAUAGUAUGCUUAAACACAUUAUAUACGCUCGUUGCCCGCCAGGCGUUGGCAACCCUAGCGUCCAAGCGCUGAGACUUCGAAAAGCCCUUUACAGACUCAAGCAAUCAGG